AUGGGUCAUGCUGGUACUGGAAAAUCUACGUAUUGCGAUACAAUGAGAAAACAUUGUGAAGAGAUAAAGAGAAGUGUACAUGUUGUGAAUUUAGAUCCAGCAGCAGAGGUAUUUGAAUAUCCGGUUUCAAUUGAUAUAAAGAAUCUGAUCACUGUUGACGAGGUGAUCGACGAGUUGGCAUACGGACCAAACGAUGAAACAACAAGUACCACAACAAUAACACUUUAA